AUGGCCCCCAUUACCAGAGUCGCCCUCAUCGCCAUCUCCGACCCCGCGAAACAAGAGGCCGCCGUCAAGCACUUUAGCAGCUUCGCCACGGAAUGCAAGAAGGCGAGCAACAUGAUAUUUGCCUCUCCCCCCAAUGACGGUGCCCCUUAUUUGAUCACUUCCAAAGCAUCCAAGUGUACGGUCGUCGCCGACAAGCCUGGCUCGUCUCCUUGGACUGUAGUGGCGACACUUACUUUUGCCAACGAAGCCGAUAUGGAGUACUUCCACAAUGAGGACCCGGUGUAUAAGGAGAUCGUUACGCACAUGACUGAGGGUUUUGAUGGUGGAAUAAUUGCUGUCUCGGCUGAAUUUUGA